CAUGGGGAAAGUGGUUUCCCGAAGCGACGAUUACAUUUUAUUUUAACAUUUAAAAUAUCUCUCUGAACACUGAAAACCAUCCUUGUGUCUUUUCAUGACCAGGGGGACCCCCCUCAGCUUCGUAUUUUCCCGAGGGGAUAAGCAAUCGUACUUAGCCUGACAGAUGCUGGCGUUUGGAGUAUAUUUCAUGAAAGGCAUCUAAGGUUAGUAGUCGGACUUGUUGUUCGUUGAGGUUGGUAGUCGGACUUGUUGUUCGCUGAGGUUAGUAGUCGGACUUGUUGUUCGCUGAGGCUAGUAGUCGGACUUGUUGUUCGUUCGCUUAGAUUAGCUAACUUCAACCCGUAUAUCUCGGAUUCAUCUUGUUUUGUGAUAUUGCUGGCAGUGCUAGACUUUGAAAGUUUGGUGAUAUUGCUGGCAGUGCUAGACUUGGAAAGUUUGGUGAUAUUGCUGGCAGUGCUAGACUUUGAAGGUUUGGUGAUAUUGCUGGCAAUGCCAGACUUUGAAGGUUUGGUGAUAUUGCUGGCUGUGCCAGACUUUUAAGGUUUCGUGAUAUUGCUGGCAGUGCCAGAAUUUGAAGGUUUGGGGAUAUUGCUGGCCGUGCUAGACUUUGAAGGUUUGGUGAUAUUUCUGGCAGUGCCAGACUUUGAAGGUUUGGUAAUAUUGCUGGCAGUGCCAGACUUUGAAGGUUUGGUGAUAUUGCUGGCAGUGCCAGACUUUGAAGGUUUGGUGAUAUUGCUGGCAGUGCCAGACUUUGAAGGUUUGGUGAUAUUGCUGGCAGUGCAAGACUUUGAAAGUUUUGGUGAUAUUGCUGGCAGUGUUAGACUUAGAAAGUUUUGGGGAUAUUGGUGGCAGUGCUAGAAUUAGAAAGUUUUGGUGAUACUGCUGGCAGUGCUAGACUUAGAAAGUUUUGGUGAUAUUCCUGGCAGUGCUAGACUAAGAAAGUUUUGGGGAUAUUCCUGGCAGUGCUAGACUUAGAAAGUUUUGGUGAUGUUGCUAGCAGUGUUAGACUUAGAAAGUUGUGGUGAUGUUGCUAGCAGUGUUAGACUUAGAAAGUUGUGGUGAUGUUGAUGUCAGUGCUAGACUUAGAAUGUUGUUGUGAUGUUGCUAGCAGUGCUAGACUUAGAAAGUUGUGGUGAUGUUGCUGUCAGUGCUAGACUUAGAAAGUUGUGGUGAUGUUGAUGUCAGUGCUAGACUUAGAAAGUUGUGGUGAUGCUGAUGUCAGUGCUAGACUUAGCAAGUUGUGGUGAUGUUGAUGUCAGUGCUAGACUUAGAAAGUUGUGGUGAUGUUGAUGUCAGUGCUAGACUUAGAAAGUUGUGGUGAUGUUGAUGUCAGUGCUAGACUUAGAAAGUUGUGGUGAUGUUGCUGUCAGUGCUAGACUUAGAAAGUUUUUUUUUUCUUGUAGCCAAAAGCAAACAAACCAUCCCAUUAAUUUCAAGGACUCCAAGAAAGAAAAUAAAACAACUGACUACAAAAAAUAUGUAAUUGAUAAUUCAAAUAUUAAAGGUGUCUUUAGGCAUGAUAGGUCCCAGGCGUCAAGUUAUGAAAAGUAAAUAUGUUAUUAUUGUAUUCUUUAUCCCACCCCCAUAUAAAAAUUCUAAUAUAAAAAUUCAUCCAUUUGUUCCACUAGACCCAAGUUUUAGUGCAUUAAUUUCAAAUUAAAAUUUAACCUAAUCCAUACUCGGGUAUACGUAUAACCAUUCCAGAUUCGGCUAGUGGCGAAACCUAUAUGAUUUUUUUUUAAAUUCGGUAAAUGAAUAAUCUCUACAUGUAUGCUUAACAUUGCAGAACAAGUAAACCAAGUGUAUAUGUAUUUAGUGGGCCCACCACCUCCAAAAAAUAAUAAAAUUAAUAAAUAAUAAUAAAAUUAAAUAAUGCAAUCCCAGAUUGCUUGGAAGUAUUUAUUUGUAUCAUUAACAAACAUUACCGAACAUAAACGAAUUUAAUUUUUAGGUAUAGGUAGGAUAUAUAUAUAUAUAUAUAUAUAUAUAUAUAUAUAUAUAUAUAUAUAUAUAUAUAUAUAUAUAUACACACAUAUAUAUAUAUAUAUAUAUAUAUAUAUAUAUAUAUAUAUAUAUAUAUAUAUAUAUAUAUAUACACACACAUUAACAAAUAUAUAUAUAUAAAUAUAAAUGUAUAGUUUUAUAAAUAUAUGAACGUUGUAUUUGUUUGUAGUCGGCACUACAUUUUGUAUUAAAAUUAUUUUUUUCAAAGUAUGAUCAUAGCAAUUGAACAGAUUUCUUGGCCAAUGCCGAGCUUUUAAAGAAUUAUUUAAAAAAUAAUGUAAUAAUUUAUUUUCUAAAUAUGUAAAAAAAAAAAAAAUCGUGUUAUUUUUUUCCAAGGUGAUCUGACAAAUGAACAAUGUGAGAACACCUGAGACGUUGUACUCUACUGUGUUAAGAACAUCUCAAACAUUGCACUCUGCUACUUUAAGAAACAUCUCAAACAUCGUACUCUGCUACGUUGUAAACCAAAGAUGAGGCAAUGUUUUAGAAGAGCGAUUCCAUCAUAAAUGAACAAGACUUUUAUAGAAUGAAGCCAUGGAAAGAACCAUCUGGCUAACGUCAACUAUUUUUCCACAUCUCUUUCUUACAGUCGUAAGUUGAGAGAUAUUGGCAUGUUAGCUGAAUUAGGUAUUUUACUUUACUCGAUGAUGUACAUUGAAACUGACAUAUUUAAACUUGCUUUAAAUUUAAACUGACAUAUUUAAACUGGCUGUAAAUUUAGACUCACAUAUUUACACUAGCUGUAAAUUUAGACUUACAUAUCUACACUUGCUUUACAUUAAGACUGACAUAUCUACACUGACUUUACAUUUAGACUGUCAUAUUUACACCUAGCAUAUGACACAAUUACACAAGUUGUUUAUACUUUAUAACAUGUUCUCUAUAUAUUGUUUCCUCUAUACCAAAACAAUUUCCCUUCUGCAUUAUUUAGACAUCAGCUCAGCAACCUUUUUCUCGUCCACCCCCGCCACACGUAAGGCCUCUGCAAGCAUUUCCGUGUCGUACCAUAAGUAAACGUAGACAAAAAAAAAACAAUAACAUACUAAAUAACAUAAUGUACUACACAUUCAAUGUGACGUGUAGUUCUAAAAAAGGUACACUAUUACAGUAGAAGACUCCAAAUAAACUGUCUGAAUUGAGCACAUUUCUGUUAUCGCGGUGUUGGACAGGUUGUCAACAUGGUUUAUUUAUGCGCCUACCUGUCCUGUUCCUUCAUUUAGAAGGCAUAUUGCUCGACAAACCUUGCAUCAUCUCGCGGCACACCAGUCCGCCGCGGCACACCGGUUGCGGAGCUAUGUUUUAAACAUCUUAUUUCCUACUCAGUCCAAAGCAUGUAUCAAAUGUGUAUAGAUAAUAGCCCCACUCUCCACCUGUCAUGGUACAAACCCCCAAAAUGUGUGUGCAGUGAGGACUUUGCCAUGACUUUCUCGUGACGAAACGAAUGACAUUGGGUUUCUCAUUACCCGUCUUCCACUGUACCAUGGGACAAACUCUUACCUUACAUUUCUCAUUACCUGUCUUCCACUGUACCAUGGGACAAGCUCUUACCUUACAUUUCUCAUUACCUGUCUUCCACUGCACCAUGGGACAAACUCUUAACUUUGCAUUUCUCAUUUCCUGUCUUCCAGAUCUUUGUACUUUUAUAACAUUAACGCAAACAAUAACAAAAGCCUAUGUCAACUCAACAAUCGACCAUUUAUACUUGCAAUAAAGAUUGAUCAUAUAUUCUCCCAAACUAUAUUUGACAUUGACAUAUAAUAUUUCUUAUUAUGUUAUAGUGCAGUGGAGACCAUCAAUGUCUAAAUGAUAAAUAAAAGGAUAUAUUUGGUAAACGUUCUAGUAUUUGACCACAUUUUUAAAAAUAAUCUACGAACAUCAGAAAAGCUUAGACUAUUGUUUUUAAAUUAAGAGAUUGUGAAAUAAUCAUAACGACAAGCGGGCACACAAUUAUACAUUACUGCCCUACGGAUAGUCAACUGCUACCUGUUAAUGAUUUUAGGCACUUGUCCACCUCACGCCUAUUAAUUAAGCUGAAAUUUGACAAUUUAAAAAAAAAAAUCUUCUACCCAUUACAUUAGCUUUUUUUUAACCUGUUUAAACCUAUGACAUCUGAGCUCCAAUAAAUGUUAGUAGCAUAAUGUCUAAUUAACAUCGAUGAAUCUUGAUGACGAUGAGAUUUUAAAUAUCGUCUGCAGCUUUCGUCUAUUACUUCAACUGGGAACCCAUGCGAAAUAUUUGCCAUCGAGGAACAAGGAAUAGAGAUAUAUCAAGAGAUGUACAACAAGUUCACCGGGAGAAGUCAGCUCAACUCAUCGGAGCCCGAGUCGCCCGAGAACACAACUCUGCAAGAUUUACUGGAUCAACUCCCCUGCGGCCUGAGUGCCAUGCAUCCGUAUGAGGCGAUCGUUGGCGGUGGCCCCGCGCCAGAAACGGUCUUCCCAUGGCAGGUGGCUUUUUCCAGAGACGGCAAGUUCUGCGGCGGGGUCCUCAUUUCUAAAUCAUGGGCCCUGACGGCAGCCCAUUGCUUCAAGACCAACAAAUCCGUCACCGUAUUGGGAUCCCUGAAUCUGUACGGUGAUAAGGACAAUCCCUCCGCCCAGGAAAGAACACCAAAAGUCGUGGUCGUUCACGAAGACUACAAUUCAACCGCGCUGACCGACGACGUGGCGCUGGUCAAGUUUGAUUCACCAGUUGUCUUCAAUGACCACGUCAAGCCAAUAUGUCUACCCAGGAAAGAGGAUGACUUCGAAGGGGUAGAGUCUUGUUUUGUUUCUGGCUGGGGGAAGGUUUCACCAAACGGAAGUCAGCCGGUGCCCCCUUUACAGUUCGGUGGAAACAGGCUUAUGCCGCAGAGCAUUUGCGUCUACACGUGGAGGUUAUUUUCUCAAAUCGUAGAUCGGCGUCAAGUCUGCACCGACCUGGUCGGACCCAGUGUCUGUUAUGGCGAUUCGGGGGGACCCAUAAGUUGCAAGGUUGGAGGUCGGUACUACGUCGUGGGCUUGACUAGUUUUGUUGGCAUCAGAGAUAACUGCAUGGGAAAACUUUUCCCUAAUGUUUUCGUGCGGGUGUCUGAAUAUACAAAUUGGAUGUUGAAGGUGAUACAGGAACACGGAUUUUAAUAGUUAGAUACAUGUUCAUAUUUUUGAAAUUUUGCUGAGCAAACCGAGAACAUGAAAGGUUUAAAAAUACAUUUAAAAAAAAUAUAUAUAAAGAGAGAGAGAUAGAGAGGGAGAGGCGGAGAGAGAGAGAGAGAGAGAGAAAGAGAGAGAAAGAGUUGUAAAUAGACAAUGGAGAUUUUGUGCAUAUCAUGUAAAAAUUACCUUGUGAAUAAUGGCAAAACUUCGGAAGAAAAAUCAUAAUCACGGAAACCUAUUUGUAAAAUAUUAUAACCGAUUUUAGCAAGUUUAUGUUUGUGAAAGACAUAUCAUUUAUUUUUAAUAUCUGUAACCGGUAACAUCCUAUAUAUUUUGAUAAUUUUUAAACUUAAAUACGAUUUUAUUACACUAUGACUCGAUCAUCAAUCACAGAUUCAACACGUUUAUCAACUAAUGCUUUAUUGAUAUUUACAGCAUGUUCAAUGCUCUUCUACU